AAGCACUUGUUCGUAGUAAUAUUGCUGACUCUGGAAGCGUUAAAUUAGACCCGACGAGGUGCUGUCAGACGGCCGGACCGUCAGCCCUUUGCCGGCCUCAAGGCCAUGGCAGUAUUCCACGACGAGGUGGAGAUCGAGGACUUUCAAUAUGACGAGGACUCGGAGACGUAUUUCUACCCUUGCCCUUGUGGAGAUAACUUCUCCAUCACCAAGGAAGAUUUGGAGAACGGAGAAGACGUGGCAACGUGUCCUAGCUGCUCUCUCAUUAUAAAAGUGAUUUAUGACAAGGAUCAGUUUAUGUGUGGAGAAACAGUCCCAGCCCCUUCAACCAACAAAGAAUUAGUUAAAUGCUGAAGAAGCCUUCAGAAAUUCAAAUCCUGAAUAAGUGGAUGGAAAUAUCAAAUGCAAGGACCCUGGCUUUCCAGUGAUAACUGCUUUAUGAUUUGCUAUUCCAUUUGAGUGUGGAUCUGUUCAUCAGCGGCUGGGUUCAUCCUUAAAUAGAAAACAAGCCCGUAAGUUUUCUAAUCUGGAUUCAUGCUUAGAACUUUGAAUUGGAAGUGUUCUUAAUUGCCCAUGUAAAUUUAAAGAAAGGUAAUCUUAAUCAGUGCUCUCUUUCCCUUAGUUUCAUCAUUUUUAUAUCCUGAACCUAGUUCAGUAUCCCAAUUACAGCAUUGUCUACCUCAUUCAUCAGAAUGUCUUAUUAAAAGAUUAUAUUUUUUUAACUUAGUUAUUAAAAUGAGUAAAAUUAGCUCGCUCUUUGAAUAUUGACAUCAGCUUUGUAGUUCCAAACUAAGGAAAUGUGUUGCUUUGUCAUCACUGUGCUUGCAGUUUCCUUACCACACCAGUCUCUUCACCAUUGUUAGAAUGCUCAGGUUUGUUCAGCAUGCCAUUUCUGUUACCCUUCAUGCUAACAUCAAUCGUGGCAUUAAAAAAGAAAGAUCCAGGUGUGGUGGUGCACACCCUGUGAUCGCAGCACUCAGGAGGAAGGUGGAUGCUGCAAGUGCAGGCCAGCCUGGGCUACACAGCAAGACCAUGCCUCAAAAAAAAAAAAAAAAAAAAAAAAAAAAGCAAGGCCAUACCACAGCUUCUCCAUAGCUACAAUUUAGUGACUGACGAAAAAGUCUAGAGUAAAAUGGUCACAGAAAUGCAGUUUCUUUAUAUUCUCCAUAUUCUUUGAAAGUCAGAGCAAGAUAAACAGAACGAAAUGAAAUCAGUAAUGAGAGGAAUGAAACACUCUAGCUUAAGUAAAUGAAACGCAUGAAUGAUUUUGCCACCUCAGUGUGUAUAUUUGUGUAUCUUGAGGGUUUUUUUUGGUUAACAGUACUGCUGAAAUUCAGAGCGGGGUUAUUGCCAUUAUGGCUGGUAGCAGUCUUUCAAUGUAUCACAGUAUUGUGUCACUAUCGAAAGGUAAAGUAUGUACCACAGAGAAGAAGCUUAGAAAUGGGAGGCCUGUACAUUUAAUAAAUCUCGGUAACAUGCAACUAAACCAGACAUUCACUCCUUCAGAGAAAUGUUGUCCUAUAGAAAAGCAGAAAGUAGAUAGGCUAGUGAUCUUCCUUUGCAGCAGUGCUGCAAGUCGCAAGAAAUUAAAAUCACUUAUAUGAGAAUCAAAAAUUUCCUUUGUAAACACAACUUCGCUAUGUAUAUAUGAAGUUUUGAAAAUGCACUGGUAGAAGGUUGUUUUGGGAAUGGCUUCUGUGAUUAGAAAAAUCACUUGGUAGAAUAUGAGUGUUCUAUUAUUAGUGAAAGCUGACACAUUUGAGGUUUAAAAUAAUCUAUAUGAACUUUUUUUUUUAACCUGGCAGCAGCAUUAAACUGAGAUAAUUAAAAAAUGUUAUGCGAGAAGUGCAUGGUACAUUAUUUGGCAUAUUCCUGAUAUGAUGAGAAGAUUCAUUGCCGUGUGGAGCACAGAUGUCCCAGAAGUAAUCCACACUGCCCUUGGGCAAAUGAUUGCUCAGAAGAGAGCAAGGUACAUGCUGACUGGAGGGAAUGACUUGCCAAGAGAAAUGAACUGUUGUGCACCCAUGUUGAUGCUUCUAUAGAUAGUGCUAACGUGUAAUCUUUUUCUGCUGCUCAUGAAUUUCAAACAGGAACAGAUGCCCUGAUGAGCUCAGACUUUUAGUUUGUGAACUACAAAGACAUACCAGGAAUUAAUCCGAAUUAAGCACAAUGGAAAGCCAGCAUCUUUCAAGUAUUAUUGUACUUCUGUGUGAUACGUGUGCCUUAUUUAUUGCUCCCUGCCUCCUUCCUGGAGCACCUAUGAAAACAGUAACACAGGUUCUGUGUCUGAUUAACUGUCAUAUUUGGCCAGGCCAGUAGGUUCCUCAACUGUACCAGAUGAUUUUUUAGCUAUCAGGUCUCAUUUCAGGUGUGGCUUGCAGGAACUAAAAUGGUGAUUGAAAACUUUAUUCAAAACUGAACCAACAAUUAGAGACUGGAAGUUCCAAUUUCCUUCAAUAACUUGAUGUUUUCACACUUCUGAAUUUGGAAAUUAUUAAGUCAAAUUGUUUAAAAAAUUCUACGUACACUUUAUGCAUUCAGAAGCAUUUUUCCUAACACCCAACGUUUUUGUAACUGUACAUAUUAAUUUAUUGCCAGAAUAAGUUGUACUGGUGUGCUAAAUAAAAUCAGAUCAUUCAAAUUCA